GCGAACCGACGCAGUUGGGUUUGCAUCACCGACCAUCGAAGCUCAAAUCCAGGAAUUUACCACCAUUUCCAAUCCAAGAAUAGAAUUUCACAGCGUCACCUAGAACUCUGCAAGCCAAUGAAAUAACUGACGUCAACAUAGUAACCGGCUGUAGAGGCAAAGGCAAACAAAUAACAUCAAACCCGGCAAACAAAGAGGUCCUUUUUUCCAACGCCAACAUUUUUCCUCCAUAUUCUAUAGUUAUGAGUCAUGUGGCGGUCGAAAAUGCCCACGGUCUAGAGCAGCAGCUCGCUGUCCUAGACUUAAGUGCCCCAGAUGGACAAGGUGGAGGUACUAACAUAGGAAACGCCUUCGCUGCCGGACGACAGGGUGGCUUCGCCAUGGCGCCUGCAGCUAACUAUGGCUGGGAUGGAGGGCGAAACACCUUCGUUAACGGCUACCAUGACAACCGCAUGGCUGGCAACACCUUUAACCGCGGUCCGCCUCGGAUGGAGCGGGGAAGAGGUGGCGUCGGAGGGGGUGGUUUCCGUGGCAACAGGGGCGGAACCUUCAACCCCAUUAACCCCGCACAGCCAAUGACCUUUGACGCAGGUGGCUGGAACACCGCCAAGGAUGCUUAUAGCAGUUUCACUAACAACCGAGGGAAGUCUGCGUUCUUCAACGAUAGAGGCAACGCCAACAGAGGAAGGUUUGACCACGGUGGAUUUGGUGGUGGCGGCGGCGGAGGAGGAGGUGGAGGAGGAAACAGCCGCUGGGUGGAGGAGUCCAGAGAGGAGGGAGACUGGUCUAAACCCACACCCCGAAACGAGCGCCUUGAACAUGAGUUGUUCUCCGGCAGUAACACCGGGAUUAACUUUGAGAAAUAUGAUGACAUUCCUGUUGAGGCUACAGGACAGAACUGCCCUCACCACAUCGAGAGCUUCCAAGAUGUGGACAUGGGUGAGAUUGUCAUGGGCAACAUCGCUCUGAGUCGCUACACCAGACCCACUCCUGUUCAGAAAUAUGCCAUUCCUAUUAUCAAGUCCAAGAGAGACCUCAUGGCCUGCGCACAGACGGGCUCUGGGAAAACUGCAGCGUUCCUGCUGCCGAUUCUCAGCCAGAUCUACACAGAGGGACCAGGAGAAGCUGUUAAUGCAGCUAAAGCCUCUGGACAGGAGAACGGAAAGUACGGCCGUCGUAAGCAGUACCCCAUGGCCCUGGUGCUGGCUCCCACCAGAGAACUGGCCCUGCAGAUAUAUGAUGAAGCCAGGAAGUUUGCGUACCGCUCCAGGGUGCGCCCCUGCGUCGUGUACGGCGGAGCGGAUAUCGGCCAGCAGAUCCGAGACCUGGAGAGAGGCUGCCACCUGCUGGUGGCCACGCCUGGAAGACUGGUGGACAUGAUGGAGAGAGGCAAGAUCGGCCUGGACUACUGCAACUACCUGAUCCUGGAUGAAGCAGAUCGCAUGCUCGACAUGGGCUUUGAACCGCAGAUAAGACGCAUCGUUGAACAGGACACCAUGCCGCACAAAGGCAUCAGACAAACCCUGAUGUUCAGUGCCACGUUUCCUAAAGAGAUCCAGAUCCUGGCUCGGGAUUUCCUGGAGGAGUACAUCUUCCUGGCGGUGGGCCGAGUGGGUUCCACCUCCGAGAACAUCACUCAGAAAGUGGUGUGGGUGGAGGAGAGCGAUAAGAGGUCUUUCCUUCUGGACCUGCUCAGUGCCACAGUCAUCCCCAACGAGGUACAGGACAAUUCUGGAGACAACAUAGAAAAACCCGGUAAGGACUCGCUGACUCUGGUUUUUGUGGAGACCAAGAAAGGCGCCGACGCCUUGGAGGACUUCUUGUAUCGAGAGGGCUAUGCUUGCACCAGUAUCCACGGCGACCGUUCCCAGAGAGACCGGGAGGAGGCCCUGAACCAGUUCAGAUCAGGAAAAUGCCCCAUUCUGGUGGCUACGGCGGUUGCAGCUCGGGGUCUGGACAUCUCCAAUGUGAAACACGUCAUUAACUUUGACCUGCCCAGUGACAUCGAGGAGUAUGUCCAUCGUAUCGGACGUACAGGACGAGUCGGAAACCUGGGUUUGGCCACGUCCUUCUUCAAUGACAAAAACGGGAACAUCACUAAAGACCUGCUGGACAUCCUGGUAGAAGCUAAACAGGAAGUUCCCUCCUGGCUGGAGAGCCUGGCGUAUGAACACCAGCACAAGAGCAACAACAGAGGGCGCUCUAAGAGGUUCUCUGGCGGUUUCGGAGCACGUGAUUAUCGCCAGACGGCUGCUGGAGGCAACGUGGGAGGAUUCGGAGGACGUGGAGGACGGAACCAGGCAGGGCAUGGAGGAAACCGUGGCUUUGGAGGAGUUGGAUUUGGGAAUUUCUACACAAGUGACGGCUACGGAGGCAACUACUCUCACUCUCAAGUGGACUGGUGGGGCAACUAGGUGUCUCCAUCUCCUUGUCACUCCUCUCUCCUCCUCUUACACUUCAUCUUUUCCCCACUGUCGUCUUCAUCUUCUCUCUCGUCACCUCCAUUUCUCCUAGAAGCCUUCCCUUGCAUGUUAUUAAACUAUUUAUACUCAUCUCCGUAGGGCUCCAUUCCCACACAUUCAACUUUUAUUUUAUUUAGUUUUAGUUUUCUUGUGCUCUCGGUUUCUACCUUUGCGUUUAGAAAGGUUUCUUGUCUUUCUUAAUCUCACCUCUUACUAAAGGCCACAUCUUAAAGGGAAUAUUGAGUUUUACUUUGUUCAUUUUUCAAAACUGACCACAGAUUUGUGUCGCGACGAGCCGUCGACAUCUUUGGUUUCAGUGGAUCAUUUUCCCUCUGCGACUUUUAUCCGGCAGGAAGUUAUAGCAAGUUAAAGUUCAAGUUGUUUUGAGAGCCCCUAAGAUAGGACAUGUGAAGAUUUACAGUGUGUGGACUUAAAACAGCUGUAGAAAAAGCAAUUUCUUUUCCUUCAUUUUUAGAUUUGAGGUUUAGUUUCAUUGUGUUUUGAUUUAUUUUUUUCUUUGCACUUGCCCAAAGCCGACCAGGCUCCCUGUGUAGCUUCAACAUCUUUGUAUUUAACGCACGGCCAUGUUGUAAAUUACUGGCCCAAAAACAAAGAAGAAACUUUUCUAAAAUAUUGAAGUAGGCAAAAUAUGUUUGCAUAUAAAUUCAAGUAUAGGAAAUGGCUGAGGUCUCUUUCACCUAUAUGAUAAAUAAAUAAGAGGCCACAGAAACAGCAAAAUAAUUUUCUUUUUUUUUUUGUUUCCACCUUUUUAAAACAUUGAAAUAUUGACUACUGAGGUCUCAGAAGAGGAAAUAAACAAGCGGUGAGACACACCGAAGUCCUCUAGAAGUGUAAAAGCCAGCGGAAGAUAGAAGCUGUUUCCCACUUGCACUUACGCAAGCCAACAGUCUUGAAACAUUUCUUUGUUUUAAGCGAAACGUUAUUAUGGAGAAUCAUUUGUUUUUGUACUGUGCCUUUUAAGAAUUUGAAAUCUGUCUCUUUAUUUCCGUUGUUUUUAUCACCAUAAAACCGUAACUGGCUACAAGUAUAGACCAAGGGUGACAAAAAUGAUAUAUAUUUAUGUCACAUGUGGGUUUUAACAUGUAUUUCUUCAUUCCCAUUUGGAAGGAAACAAACUAGGCUUGAACUAAAUCAAACCUUGGCAAAAAAAAAAACAAACAAAAAAAACUAAAACACUUUGAUGAGGAAACUCAAAACAGUUUCUCAUGUCUAACAAAGUUCAAAUUCCUCAGAAGGACUCUUGAACUGAUUCCCCCAAAGCAUAUAACCUCCACAGUCAAAUACAACUUUAAUGUUGCGUCCUUUGGAACGACUGGAAGUGGUCAAAUAAAGAUUGGAUUUAAAGUGAUAAUUACAAGGUAGAUAAGCAUCAUAGGCCGCAGUGGUUUUAUGCUUUUGGGAAACCAAGUCUUUGACCUUUGCGUCACACCCACAGCUCGGCUGUGAGCUCGCGGUUUGAUUUCUCAGAGCCAUCGUGUCACUAAUUGUCGGGUGACUCGAGCCACCGAAACAAAAACAUCCACACAGCAGCAGUCAUUCUCUUCGCUGAAGUUGGUCUGAGCUCGUGGUGUCAUCCAGCAGCGAUGCUGAGGCCUCUUUUUUUGGACAUUUAUGAAUUUAAAACCUUACAUGGCUGUUUCUGCUGUUCAAAAACAAAAAAACAAGGCAUUUGGACCCAAAUUGGAUGAGUGGCUCUUCAUCUGACAGGCAGUGUUUUUCCAUUGUGCAGCUUAACAGUUUUCUGCUGCAGGAAGGCGUGAUAUUUAAAUGAUCGAAGCAAUGCUACCUGUAACCCUUGAAUUAUCUUUCUGAGACGACAAACAGAGGAGAGGAUCUGAAGUAAAUCAUGCUCUACUUGGUUCUCUGCUGGAGGUUUUGGCCACCGCCAUCAGACCAAUAUUUCACCUUUAGAGGAAGAAAAUAAAAGUGGCAGUUAUUUGGUGCCAAUUAUCAUGAGACGCUUGCUUGGGAACUGGACUGAGCUACUUAAAAAAACUAAAACAUCAGCGACGGGCCGCCUCCUGCAAUGGAAAAACACUGCUGGUGCCACCAGGCUCACUGGAAAUCAGAUCUGCUUCCACCACAAAUUUUGUCAACCUUGUUUGUCCAAAUCUUCUUUCAAGGACAAUACACAACUUAAAAAAAAAAGAGAGAGAGAGAAAAAAGUUUAACAAUUUCAUGCUCACUCUAUCCUGGAGAGUUAAAUGUAGAGUCUUAUCCGAGAUUUAAAAAAGAAAAAAAUCAUUAUUAAAAAAAAAAAUCUUUCCAGUUUAUUUGUUAGAUCUUUCAGAUCUUUUGAGGUCGGGGUGAAAUUGAAAAAAAAAAACAAAAAGAGGAAUGCAGAGAGAGCCGGGGCUUCCUACGGAUAUGACAUGAUGCCGAGGCACCUUUUUGGCCGUGCACCAUUGCAGCUGUAACGAGAAGUUUUCUCACAUCCAAAGUUAAUCUUUUCUCACUCGAAAGCCAAAGAGAGUUAUUUAACAAAGGUGCAUUAUUUCUGUUCUUUCUACACUUUCCUCCGCUUCUGCUGGGUUUGGUCACUUUUAUAAUGAAAUCACUUUCUUUGCUGUACUUAGUUUAGUUAAUCCAGAUUGGCAACCACACAGGCAGCAUGUGACACAUUUCAAUACAGUUUUCUAAUAUUCAGUUUCUGUCUACGUGUGUGCAAAAAUUGUAGCCAUCAUUCACUGAUAGACAGUGAGUCACAGCUUAUGUCUGCUAAAAAACAUAUGGCAUUUCAUUUGGUAAAUUGGCUAAAUCAUGCUGGUGGAAAAAUGGCAUUAACAGUGUCGACGGCAUUAAUGAUCCAUAAAUCCUGCGGUUGACCCUGCUUGGCUCUGCCCUGAACCGAGACCUCUGCACCCACGAUACCCGAUCCAUCCCCGAUUGAACCACUAACGGGAACUCCACUGUACGUUUGGAUGGUUCAGUGGUCCAACCCCCCCACUGUGUCACCUAAAAAAGAAAUAACUUGUGAUCUAGUGGGGAGAAUUUUCCAUUUUUAUCCGGCUCUUGAUUAGUUUUGUUUACACAAAGAACUUGGAUUACAUGUAAAUAGCAAAACUCUUGUUAAAGCAUUAGAGGAAUUUCCAUAGGAAGUGAAUGUGAAACAGUUGAAGUGUAGAAAAUCGCAUUCAGUCACUCAACACUGGACCAGACGGUGUCUGGUAGGCUUUGUUCAGUGGGCAAUUUGAGCUCAUUCCACAAAUGAAUUAAAUAUUUAGACUUUGAAGUAAUUUUGUGUUCUAACCUAAAAGCAGACUAGAUAGCAAAACCACAUCUGACCACAUGGGGGCAGCAUGUCACAAGAAAACGGAGAAAUUGUUAUUAAAACACAUGCUGGACGGUAUUGACAUGGGUUCAUUAUGCCCCGUGUGGUCAGAACUGUUAUUGCAACAUAGAAGCUUUAAACGCACAAGAGGAAGAUUUACUAAUUAAUGCUCACACGGCUGACCUUCUCAAAUUGCCCACUGGCUUUGACAAAUGACAAAGCUGAACCAAGACAAUAAAACAUAUGCAAGUGUUGUUGUUGUUUUUGGUCAAGAGGUUAAAAAUGCCAAGCGAAUAGAUAUAAUUCUAUUGCUGGCUUUGGUAAUGUUAUAAUUAUCGGAUUUCUUUUGAUGAUUAUUAUUAUUAUUUGUUUAUUUUUGACUUUUCAAUCAAACCAGUCUUUUCUUCGAGUCCAUUUCCCUCAAGUACAUUUUUUUUUCUUUUUUUUUUGAGGGAGUUUAGGGAAACUAGUUGGCUAUAACACCAUUUUGACGACUUUGAGGCUCAAAUAUCAGACUACAGGUCUUAUUCGGAUACUUUGGGAACUUAUGGAACAAGAUCUCUCGCUUGGUGAAAGGAAGGAGAAACUUCCAGCGAGUUGCUCCUUUGGUCGUAGGACAGACAAAAUCAGAGAAUUGUCUUGCAUCUUCUCUGUUACUUUAUUGUGAUACAGACUUAACUGUUGCGCUGGUUGAAUCGUUUCUAAACUUGUUGGCCAGAACUGAUGUCUCAAUUGAAGAUUUUAGCAUCUGUUAGCCAUUAAGUUAUUUAUUUUAUUUUUUAUGUAGCCACAAUAUGAGGACAAAUGUAAUUUUUCUCCUGCAGCAAUGGUGGAUAGUCGCCGUCUUAGAUUUCUCAGAAGUGAUGUGAAGUUUGAAGAAAAAACCAGCAUGAAGUCAGAAUCUGUAAUGUUGCAAAUUGAUGCAAAUGACAAUCAGUUAUGAAGUUAAGUUGGAAAAAAAUCCCUCUAAUGUAAACAGAAGUCUUUUAAGUUGAAUUUUUUGAACAGGUUUGAAGUAAUCUUUUUACAAGUAGAGGUUUAAUCACUUAGCUGUCAUGACAACAUCUUUCAAACCUGCACCUCCAUUGAGUCUUUCAUGAUGGAGAACACAGACGUGCAGAUUGUUACUUUACGAAAUCCUCCUUUUGUCAAUUCCCUUUGAUGAUUAACGGUUUGAAAACUGUUUAAAAUGUUGAUACCUAUCGAAUAAGACGAAUUUGAUGCCUGACUGGAUGAUCGGCUGAUGCUGUGGACAUCAUGUCGGCAUGUUUACUUGAAUCCAUCACUGAUGUAGCCUCUUGUGGUUUAAUUUAAAUAUGAAUCUAGUUAAAAUAUGAGCAAUGUGAAAAAUAAGUCAUCUGAUUGAAUUUGAUCCAGUUUGCAGACGUUGCUGUGCCUUCUAACGGCCACUAGGGGGCAGUGAAGGAGCGAGCACAUUGCUGGCUGCUGCUUGUGUUGAUAGUUUUUCACUUGUGGACUUAUGAAAGGCUGUUGUUUUUUCCAUAAUAUUUAUACAUCAGCCCUGUCAAAUAGUGUUGUUUUUUUUUCUGAAAAUUAUACAAAUAUGCAAUGUACUUUUCAAGCACCUUCAUUUUGUCUGUCAGUUGUUACCAGAAGAACCGUGUUAGAGCAACAUUUAAGUACCACUGUGCCCCCCCCCCCCCCCUCAAAAUGUUCCCCCGGGCAACAAACUUCAGAGAGUGCAAUAGAAAUUCAGUUACUCGUGGCCUGCUUUGCAUUUGUGCUCACAAAAUGGAUUUUGCUUUAGUUUUGGAAGGAUUUUCUUUUAAUUUUCUCUUUAUUUUUUAUUCUCUAUCCUUUGUUUAGGGUAGAGCACAAACUGAGUGAAAUCAAAGUGUGAAACGUGCGCAGUGCCUUUUACUGAAUGACUGAAUCACUGACUCAUGAAAGACUGAGAUACAUUAGUUAGGGCUGGGUAUUUUGUUUUGAGUUUGAUGUUUAAUUCUAGAUAUUGAUGAGGGGUGAAUGAUGCUUCAGGCACUCGUAGGUUUUAACGGGAGAUCUCCACAUGUGAAUGUCAUACAUGGACUACCUCAAGGUGCGAUCACAUUAAGAAACGAGGGGAUUUGGAAGAAUUCAACGUCCCCCAAAAGCCCUGUUUUUGUUCUGUUUUAAAAGAAAGCAUUCAUAUUUCACCCGUAUGCUACCUUUCCACCAACUUUCAUUAGUCGUAGAUAUGUAGUCGUACUAAUGCACAGGAAAAUAUAGAAAAGCUAAAACUGAAAACACUAGUGGCACAAACAAAUAAAGAUACAAGUUUCUUGUUGAGACUUGGGUUUUUGUGCCAAUGAUUUUCCAUUUUUGAGUGAACUCUCCAGUGCCAAGACAUCAUGCAUGAGAAUGUCGGUCCGUCUUUUGUCUGCUAGUCUGAGUCUAGUCGACGUCUGUGAAACUGUUGUUAAAGCAUCUUCAUCAGCUGUUAAUUGGCAAAUGCUUACAUGCCUUUGGUAUACAUUAUCUGCGCCAUGUUAUUGGUGUCACUGCGAGCAUGUUAGGGUUGAUCUGAUACCAAUGCAGGGUCCAAUUCAGGUCUGUGUUAAUUUUGUUAUUAAUACAUUAAUUUAAAUGAUUUGUUAGGACCGUUUAGAGCAUGCUCAGUUCAUUUCCUGUGAAUGAAAACUCUUCAAAAAUCCAGCACUUUAGUUUUAUGACUAUUUAAAAAAAAAAACAAACCUUUUGAGGCCUUAAAUCAACAUGGAUACCCAGCCCUAAUGUUGCAGAUGGCUUAUUCAGUUUGGCUGAAUUACGUCAUUGCCAUGGCAAUAGCCACAUUGACCCAUUGCCGUAGUGACCCUGUGGUCACUUCUAUAUAAGGAGUGCGUUGAUAGAGUUGGAGAUCAAUUAAUGGUGCUAUGCUCCCAUUGCUGCGGCCUGCAGGCCCCUCUGUAGUAAAAAGACUUAAAGUCCCAACAGAGUUUUGCUUUCGUUGAUUUAAAGAUUGUUUUUACCUUUUGAGUUCUCUGUAGCACGUAUUCUUCAUGCCGUUGAGAGGUUUGUUUGGCUGAGAGUGAUUACAGUGUAGCACAGCCAGGUGUUUGCCCAGUUUAACGUGGUGUAUGUUUGUUUCAUGGAGAGGUUCUUACAGAUAGGAAACUGUUGCUUUCUUUUUUUUUCUUUUUCCUUUUUUUUUUUUUGUUUUGUUAACAUCAACUGUAGGAUUCAGCAGUUUGCACAGAGUUCUCGUACCUACUUUCGCUGCUAGUUUGUGUAAUUUAUCGAGCAUUUUUAAUAAAUAUUUAUUUUUAUAAGCCUAAUACAAAAAGUUGAUAUUUUACAAAGUGACUUGACCAAAAGACAGUAAACAAAAACACUGGCACUUGAAUGUUGAAUGUCAUUGGUAUGAGUGAAAAUUUCUAUUUUUCUGGGGUAGUGUGAGCUUUUUAAUAAUAAAGAUUCAGUGAGUGGGGCUUUUGCCUUCAUUAUGUCGCUGUAACGGGACGUGUUACAUCUGCUAUCACUGAUAUCAAAAUCAGCUGGCCACGUGCACAUCUUUGCAUGUUGCUCAGCGGCGCUUUGACUUGAUUUUCCGUUGUUAACCAAGCACAACUGGAGCCUGAGCAGUUUUAUGAAAGGGCGGAAUAAGAAAAGUAGGCACCCACUGAGCUUUUUUUUGGUCUUUGUUAGCGUAACAGAAUCGCUGGCCCGCCCUUUAAGUUUCAUUAACCGCUGUUACGGUGUCUGCAUUUGAAGCCAAUGUCAAUAGAGAGCCUCUAUGUACAAGCAUGUGUACAUUAUUUUAUCUUCAUCAAAAGUAAGAAAGUCGUGAAUUCCAUCCAGCAUCUCCCGUCUGAGGGGUGGGCUUUGAAAAGUGUUAAGAUUUGAAAAUUGUUGGAAAACAACAUCUUAAACAAACAAACAAAAAAUGUUCCAAGCCUUUUCUUAUUCCUACUGUACUCCUAUUUCCAGUGCAGCUACAACCAUAAAAAUAACAAUUAUCCGAAAGCUUAAAUGCUAUUUUUGAAAUUACAUGAAAGUCAAUUUGGGCUCCAAAGGGAAAGGCUGCACUUAUUAUUUUCCUGUAGGUAUGAUGCCUAGUAUUAAAGGUAGGGUAAGCAAUUCAAAAUGUUUUUAGUUUUUUUUUACCAAGAACAAUUUGUAUCACGUUCAGUGAAUAUCUCCUAACCAUCCAGUAGGCACUCAACUUUUGAGUAACACAGAAAAAAAUAAAAAUGUAAUAGACAUCCCUGGCUCUGGAAACGGAGUGGGGGGAGUUUGCUUUUCAAACCACAACAAUCACUGCUCAAGUUAGUCAGGACGAGGUCUGAGCUCAUAUACAACAGAUAUGAUGGGAUGUUUUUUCACUGGGAUCACUGGAGGGAGAGGGAAGGAGGAGCUAGCUCAGACGUGAUGUCAUCCAGAAAUCACUUACCCUACCUUUAACGGGAUUGAGGCACUUUUAAGAAGGAAAAUGAGCAAAGCGUCUGUAUGGGUAACGUGCAACGAUGAGCACAUGGAGUCACCUGGAGUUGAGGGUGAAGCGCUGGUUUUGUUACGGGUGUGAUGGUGGCGACUAUGAGGAGAAACGCCCCACGCAGUUACCUUUAAAGUCACAUUGGACAGAUCCAUCAACCUGUUUAUAAUUCAGGUUCUGUCGCCAAUAAUAUUAAGCUACAUUCAACCAAAAAAAUAAUAAUCUUCAAUUGGAAAACAAAUUUGAGGAAAUGCCAAAUAUGCCAAGGUUUGGAUUAAAAAGAAAUUUACAAAUGUUAUGAUCAAAGACCAUUUUGUAAUAAAAUAAAUAAAAAAAAAUAACAUGCAGUACAAAAAACAAGUAUCCAGAUUCUCUCCAAGUCAGUUUUGUUUUUCUUUUGUUUUAAUUUAAUUAAUUCCCUUGUUGUGAAAGUCUGGCUAGUGGCCGUCUUCGAAGUCUUCAUCACACAGAAGUUAACUGUGGUUCUCUUGCUAUGUUGUUGUGGUUUGCAUAUUUUCAGGCGGCGGUGUGUUCACGCGGUCGGUUUCUGGCCACUCAGGAAUGACUUUUACAGAAAAGUUAGCUUUUUUUUUUUUUUUUAAUUGCAGCUCAUCUGUAUUCAUCUGUCUUGCAUGAGAAAAACACUGCAACUCUUAAGUGUCGGCCCAUGAAGUGCACACACCACUUUAGUCACUCAGUGAUUGAUUAACGUGUCCAAUGACUGCAGUCCAGAAUCCAAAUUCAUUAUUGGAUCAGAGAUCUGUACAGGAAGCGUUUUACACUUUAAAAAAGGCGUUAGGUUAUCUAAUGCUCUAUUUAGGAGUCGUUGCUGUUUUAGUGAGGAAAUUGGUGUAAAAAUGGAUUUCUGUUGUCGUUACUGAACGGCCAGACCCUCCAACGUGAACCUGCACCAGCGCCGCCUGUUAGUUAGUAUUUGCUUUAUGUAUUAGUUUAGCGGUUGUGCACGAAGAGCACUGCACGAUGAAGAAAAAAAGAUACAAAACAAAAAAAAAUACUGUGCAACUAUUUGGAUUUUACCACAAUUAAAGGUUUGGAUUUGCAGAUGUGA